AUGGCACCACUGACUCGGGACCAUGAUGGAGCAGACACUGGGGCUGCUGAAGAUCUUGAAAACUGCAACUAUGUCAUUGAACUGGGUAAAAACAAAGCUGCCUUCUCCCUUGUGGGUAUUGGUGGGCAAGACCUGAAUGAUGGCAAUCGAACACUUACACUGGCACUCAUCUGGCAGCUCAUGAGAAGGUACACUCUGAAGGUGCUGUCAGAUCUUGGAGAUGGAUCUAAGGUGACAGAUGAAAUUAUUAUAAAAUGGGUAAAUGAAACUUUAGCAAAAGCGAAGAAAAGAAGCUCAAUUACUAGCUUCAAGGAUAAGUGCAUUUGCACCAGUUUGCCUGUUAUAGACUUGAUAGAUGCCAUUGCACCUAAUACGAUUCGCUACGAGCUCGUGAAACAGACUGAUUUCUCAGAUAUUGACAAGUUGAACAAUGCUAAAUAUGCCAUUUCAGUAGCACGAAAGAUAGGCACUCGUGUUUAUGCAUUGCCUGAAGAUCUGGUGGAAGUGAAGCCAAAGAUGGUUAUGACUGUCUUUGCUUGCUUAAUGGGAAAGGGAUUGAAAAAGGUGUGAAGAGAACUGAGCACCUUGUUCACAUUAAUCCUGUCUGCCAUAUCAAACCAAUUCAGCAUCCUGUAAUUCAUACAAUUAUCUGUCAUUCUAUUUUUGAUCUGUUUUUAGCAGAGAAUAUCAUUGGGAACAAUUUCAGAAGCAAAAUACUAACUGGAAAUCAUUUUCAUUUCUCAUCACUAAUUUACUAUCUGUGUAUUUUAAAUGUUCCUGUAUUUAAUUUUCCAUGUUGCUGUUAAGAUUAAAACUCUCACUAAUUUCUGUUUGUUAUUUAUACUGCAUCAUACACCAGACAAUUUUGUGUAUUUCCUGCAAUGCUUACAAUGUAAAACAUGUCCAAAGUUCUUGUACUUGAGCAUAUUUGUGAUUGACCUGCUUUUUGAAAAUAGCUGCUGUUUUGUAAAUGACUUCUAUUAUCAUCAAAUUGCAAAUAUUUAAAUAUGUAAAAUUGGUUUUAUGGAAGGAAUCCGAGUUGUAAUUCAAUCUGUGGUUCUCUUGGAGUUACACGAUCUAUUUUUGGUUUAACCAGUUUGAGUGUCUGCAGUGCCCUGAGAUUGAAUUGCAACUUUUAACUUCCGCCAGAAUUUCUUUUCUGUGAUAACUAUAUCGUUGCCGUUUAGUCAUUGAGUUAUUGAGAAGAUGCAGUAGUGCCACCCAAACACAUGGCUGCAAAUAGUCAUGUAGCAGUGUUCACAAACUUAUACAGUGUUGGUCACAAUCGCCACAAAGCUGAAUAAUGUAGAAUUCAUAUGUGACUAAAAACUUUAAUUCUAAUAAAUCUAUAACCCAUUUGAUAAGAGAUUACAUGCAUGAAUCAACAUUUCUAUGAAUUGCAAAGCUGAUCUUUACAUCACAGUCUUAUAUUCAUUAUUGUGAUAAUUAAACUAUUUUCUUUCACCAGAGUGAAAACAUUCAGAAACUUGUAAAAUUCACUUUGCUCCGAGGUGAAAUUUGGGGGAAAAAAAAUUUGACUAAAUAUGCUUGUGGGGUCUUGUGCACAAAACACAGAAAGCUAGCACACAGGUGCAGCAGGGAAUCAGGAAGGCUCAUCGAAUGUUAACCCUUAUUACAAAGGGCUUGGAGUAUAAGAGUAGAGAAGUCUUACUGCAACUGUACAAGGUGCUGGGGAGAUCACAGCUAGAGUACUGUGAGCAGUUUUGGUCCCCAAAUUUAAAGAAAAAUAUUGUUUAAUUGGAGGCAGUUCAGCGAAGGUCCCCUAGGAUGGUCCCUGAUAUGGACAGAUUGUUUUUUCAGUAACGGUUAAACAAGUUGAGACUCUACUCACUUCAGUAAAGGAGAAUAAGAGGUGAUCUCAUUGAAACAUAUUGGAUUAUUCGGGGACUUGACAGGGUAAAUGCUGAGAGGAUGUUUCUCACCAUGAGAAUCCAGGAACAAAGGACAUAGUCUCAGAAUAAAGGAGCACCAAUUCAAGACUGAGAUAAGGAAGAAUUUCUUCUCAGCCAUGAUCCUAUUGAAUGGUUGAGCAUUUCUACUACUGUACCUACUACUUAUGGUCUUAUGAUCUUUUAAAACUCAUAUGGUCCCAAACUAGGAUAAGUGUGAGGUUAUCCACUUUGGUAGCAAAACAGGAAAGCAGAUUAUUGUCUGGCUAUAAAUUGAGAGAGGGGAAUGUGCAACAAGACCAGACUGCUCUGAUAUACCAGUCGCUGAAAGUACGUGCACAAAUGCAUCAGGCAGUAAAGAAGGAAAUGCUAUGUUGACCUAUGUGGAUUUGAAUUCUGGAACAAGAAUGUCUUGCUGCACUUGUAUAGGGCAUUGCUGAGACUGCACCUGGAAUAUUGUGUGCAGUUUUGGUCUCUGUAACUGAGGAAGGAUGCUCUUGCGAUAGAGGGAGUGCAGUGAAGAUUUACCAGACUGAUUCCUGGAAUGGUGAGAUGGACACAUGAGGAGAAGUUGAGUCGGUAUUCACUGGCGGCAAUGAGGGGCAAAUCUCUUAGAAACCUAUAAAAUUCUGACAGGACCAAACCAGACAGAUGCAGGAAUGAUGUUCCCAAUGGUGGGGUAGGCCAGAACCAGGGGUCACUGUCUAUGGAUACGGGGUAGGUCAUUUAGAACUGAAAUGAGAAUAAAUUUCUUCACCCAGAGAGUCAUGAGCCUUUGGAAUUCUCUGCCACAGAAAGCGGUUGAGGCCAAAACAUUUUGAUUUCACGAAGGAGUUGGAUAUGGCAUUUAGGGUUAAAGGCAUUAAAGGAGAUGGGAUAAACAGGAAUAGACUGUUAAAUUGGAUGAUCAGCCAUGAUCCUAUUGAAUGGUGGGGCAGGCUUGAAGGGCUGAAUGGCCUGUUCCUGCUCCUUUUUUGUACGUUUUGUGUCCAGUGAGACUUCGAUUUUAUGUUCACAUUGUGUAAAAAAUUAGUGAUUUAAAAAUGUGUUGGGCAUAUUGAUUAAAAUUGUGUUUGGAUCAA